CCGUAAGCGCUCCCCAUCUCGUUUCGUGGCUGCUUCAGCCCUCGACGAGAGGCCGGAAGCGGUUCCCGUCGGCGCCUCCCUCUCCUGCUCGUCCUUGCUGUUGGGGGCAGCGGAGGGAAGAGGGUGGGUGGUGGCGUGUCUUGAGCGAGGCUUUCCCGGCGGAGGAUGAGCGGCGGCUGAAGAUGACGAGGAGGAGACUCGUUCUGGCCUUGCUCUGCCUCACGGUCCUCUCGCCCAUCGUUCUUUACACCGAUCGGCUCUCUGCAUCCUCCAAUCCCAGCUCAAACAAUGAGGUCGGGGAUGAGGCUUCCAGUCUGAGCUUUGGGACUUCCGACGCCGGGGAACUGCGCGCGCUUGCGCAGGUAGCACUGGAAUUCUCUCCCAAGUUUUCUGCCUCCGUUCGUCUUUUGGAUCUCAGAGUUCCGGAGUUGACGAAUUCUGUGAAGGAGCCAAUAGGAGUCGUAUACUCCGAUAAUUCAAACAAUUCCAAUCAGAUUCUGACGACUCCGGAGGAUGGAUCGAAAGACUCAACCGCCAAAGAACUGCCAUUGGGGAAAUCUGAGGAGCACAAGAGCAGAGUUCUGUCGGCUGCAGUAGAUGAGAGGAGUUUGCCAGAGGAGGGAGUGAUCAAGGAAGUGACCGAUGGGGUGACUGGAAACAAUAGUUUAGAGAAGCCUGAGUCAGUGGAAGAGAACAAGGAGGAAACAGGAUCUCAACAUACUAUUCCAAUUACUGUUCCAGAAAAAGAGGAAAACAAAUCUGAAGAGAAAGUUAAACAGGUGCCUCCCAGGAACAAUACAGAAAAAUAUCAUAUAGUUCCUAGCGAGAAAAAGAGCAGCAGCACAACAAUUCCUGAUGCUAGGGUCAGGCAACUCAAGGAUCAGUUAAUUCGUGCAAAGGUUUAUCUCAGCAUCGGGCCCAUUCGAUCGAAUCCUCACUUUGUAAGGGAGUUACGUUUACGUAUAAAGGAUGUUCAGCGUGCCCUUGGGGAUGCAACCAAGGAUUCUGAUCUGCCAAGAAAUGCAUAUGAGAGACUGAAGGCGAUGGAGCUAACUUUGGCGAAAGGCAAGCAGAUCCAAGAUGAUUGUGCUGCUGUUGUAAAGAAGCUCCGUGCUAUGGUUCACUCCAGCGAGGAACAGUUACGAGUUCAUAAGAAACAGUCAUUGUUUCUAGCACAACUUGCUGCAAAGACCAUUCCCAAAGGUCUACAUUGUCUUCCUUUAAGGCUUUCUGCCGAGUACUUCUCUAUGAACUCUAGCCAGCGGCAGUUCCCAUAUGAAGAAAAACUUGAAGACCCUGACCUCUUUCACUAUGCUUUGUUUUCGGACAAUGUGUUGGCUACAGCAGUGGUGGUGAACUCAACUGUAUCUAAUGCUAAGAACCCAGCAGAUCAUGUUUUCCACAUUGUAACUGACAGACUGAACUAUGCAGCUAUGAGGAUGUGGUUUUUAGCUAACCCACCUGGAAAAGCUGCCAUUCAAGUUCAGAACAUUGAAGAAUUUACAUGGCUAAAUGACAGCUAUAGUCCAGUGUUGAAACAGCUGAGGUCACAGUCCAUGAUCGACUAUUACUUCAGGACUCAUCAUGCUACUGCAAACUCUGAUGCAAACCUGAAGUACAGAAACCCAAAGUACCUAUCCAUCUUAAAUCACCUGCGAUUUUACCUACCCGAGGUAUUUCCAAAGCUGCACAAAGUGGUGUUUUUAGAUGAUGAUGUUGUCGUACGGAGAGACCUGACUGGCCUUUGGGAGAUCAAUAUGAAAGGAAAAGUCAAUGGUGCAAUUGAGACAUGUGGACAAAGCUUUCACCGUUUUGAUAAGUAUCUUAAUUUCUCAAAUCCUCUUAUUGCCAAGAGAUUCAAUCCUCGUGCUUGUGGUUGGGCGUACGGAAUGAAUGUGUUUGAUUUGGACGAGUGGCGGAAGCAGAAGGUUACUGAAGUUUAUCACUACUGGCAGAAUCUGAAUAUUGAUAGACAACUAUGGAAAUUGGGAAGUCUUCCUCCUGGUUUAAUAACAUUCUACAACCGUACACUUUCCAUCGAUCGUCGGUGGCAUGUUUUGGGCCUUGGGUAUAACCCACAUGUAGACCACAAGGAUAUUGAGCAAGCAGCAGUCAUCCACUACAAUGGAAACAUGAAGCCUUGGCUGGAUAUUGGCAUACCUCAGUAUCGUGGCUAUUGGUCUAAGAAUGUAGAUUACAAUCACAUUUUCCUACGGGAAUGCAACAUCAAUCCUUGAGACUGGACAUGGUUCUCAGAUAUUUUCCGACCCACUUUCCAUGUAUCUUUUGAGGUUCUUUCUUGUUUUCCUUCUCAGCACCGAAUUAAAACUGCUCAGCUCGAUUUUGCUCGAAUUUUCUCGAUAGCCUCGUAUUCAUUGUAGCUUUUCUUGUUCCCAUGGUUUUAGUAUCUGCACAAAUGCUGUCCUACUGUAUAUGCUUCGUUACUAAUAUUAGGCAUCAGGGAUUACAUCAUGGGAUACUUUUUUUUUUGUUUUCCUUCCAAAGUUUUCAUGUAAUAUAAACUUGUGUUGUAGCACUUUCAUGUAAAACCACUGUAUGCCCAAUUGUUUCAAUUGGCUUCAGAUUUAAUUGCAAUGGAUUUCUUUCUCAUCA